CUUCAAGAGCUAAAAGAAAGUUGCUUGUAAUUCAGAUGAAAAGUUAUUAGAUAUUAUUAAUAAUAAUUACCGUUCAAUUUUUUUAGCUUAUGCUUCACUUUAUUGGUAAGGAACUACACAUAUUAUUUAUGCCACGAUUUAUGCCCAAUUGUUUCGAAACGAUGAAAAGUCGACGUUGUAGUUUUUGGCGCGUAAAAUUUACUUGCUGCGCCAUCCACUGACAAAAUUCACUUCUAAAAUAUUUUUCAUACAAGUUUUUACCGAUGGAGUCGGAUCAGAACCCACUUCUUCAGAACAACUCUCUUGAGGGAAAAGAAAACUUGGGAGGAUUUUUUUGGUUGGAUAUUGAAAGAUAUUAGAUUGACUAAGAUUUCUCUGCUUAAGAUUUCUGGUAAUGAUUGACCAGGUAGAAAUUUUCUUGUCAGGGACCCGUAAUUUUCGAAUGUGUUUCAGAUUUUUUUUUCAUAAUGACCGCUUCCUCGAGAACCCGCAUUUUCCAACCAAUCAAAAAAUACUGCUUUAGCUUUCUGAGUAUGUUUCCAAUGGAUUUCAAUGACGAUGUCGCGAUAACCGGUGGGCACGUGCGUGUUUUUAACCUAUUUUAUUCUUCAGCUGUUCGUUUGUUCCAUUAUAAAUUUUAUAUAUUGAAUUGGAAACAUCUUCACACAUUGUACAUAUACAUUCAAGCGGAGCCAGUGUCAAAUAACAGAAGAAACACCAUUUUAAAAAAUAAAAGCAUUGAACGGCGAAAAUACUGAAAUAAGAUUUUUACGCAGCCAACUUCAGGCACCUUCACCAAAUCACCUCUCAGUCAGUUUCCCUGGUAGUGGCAGUCAAGAUUUCCUACGAAAGUGGAUUUUUGGAUAUUGUUAGAUCAUUAGAUUUCUAUUGACCACGAAAUUAACAAACAAUGGCAGCGAUAAGUUUAUUAAAUCCGAAAGCCGAAUUCGCUAGGGCGGCACAGGCACUCGCUGUUAACAUUUCAGCAGCAAAAGGAAUUCAAGAAGUGAUGAAAACUAAUUUGGGCCCGAGAGGCACCAUGAAGAUGUUGGUAUCCGGAGCUGGAGACAUAAAGAUCACAAAAGACGGCAAUGUACUUUUGCAUGAGAUGCAAAUUCAACAUCCCACGGCAUCGCUUAUUGCCCGGGCUUCAACGGCCCAAGAUGACAUGACGGGUGAUGGUACAACCAGUACAGUGUUGAUUAUUGGUGAACUUCUGAAACAAGCUGAUCUCUGCAUAGCCGAAGGACUUCAUCCUAGGGUACUGACCGAAGGUUUUGAACUUGCAAGGGCGAAGACUAUAGAGAUUCUCGAUUCAAUGAAGAUUCCUAUUGAAGUCACAAAGGAAGCACUUCUUGAUGUUGCCAGAACCUCCUUGAGGACCAAGAUACACAUGAAACUCGCUGACAAACUUACGGAUGCUUGUGUCGACGCUGUUCUUGCAAUAAAAAACGAGGAACAACCUAUUGAUCUUCACAUGGUUGAAAUGAUGGAAAUGCAGCAUAGAACAGCUGCUGACACUACUCUGAUUCGUGGUAUUGUUAUGGAUCAUGGUUCUCGUCAUCCGGAUAUGCCGAAGAAGGUUGAGAACGCUUAUAUUCUGACUUGUAACGUGAGCCUCGAGUACGAGAAGAGCGAGGUGAACAGCGGCUUUUUCUAUAAAACCGCGGAAGAGCGUGAAAAACUGGUGUCUGCUGAACGCGAAUUUAUCGAUAACAGAGUUCGAAAAAUCAUUGAACUGAAGAAAAAGCUUUGCGACGGCACAAACAAAUCUUUCGUCGUUCUCAAUCAAAAGGGCAUUGAUCCACCUGCUCUCGAUAUGCUUGCCAAAGAAAAUAUCAUGGCACUUCGACGAACCAAGCGACGCAAUAUGGAACGUCUUGCUCUUGCAUGCGGUGGUAUGGCUAUGAAUUCCGUAGAUGAUCUCCAAGAACAACAUCUAGGAUGGGCUGGAGUCGUUUACGAGCAUGUACUCGGUGAGACGAAGUACACCUUCGUUGAAGAAUGCAAGAAACCGAAUUCCGUGACUAUUCUUCUGAAGGGACCGAACAAGUACACUUUGGUACAGCUGAAGGACGCCGUCCGCGAUGGAUUGAGAGCAGUGAAGAAUGCGAUUGACGAUCGCGCCGUUGUUCCUGGAGCUGGAGCAUUCGAAGUUGCUGCAAGUCGCGCUCUCGGUAUUUACAAAGACGAAGUUAAAGGCAAGCAGAAGUUGGGAGUUCAAGCCUAUGCUGAGGCUCUGCUCGUCAUUCCAAAAACUCUUGCGGUGAACAGCGGCUUCGAUGCUCAGUACACCAUAGUCAAGUUGAUGGAGGAAACCGCCGCACUCGGUCAACCAGUCGGUUUGGAUGUAACUUCCGGUGAACCUUUGAUACCCAAAGAUGCUGGUAUUUACGAUAAUUACAUCGUCAAAAAACAGAUUAUUAACUCCUGCACCGUCAUCGCGAGCAACCUCCUCCUCGUCGACGAGAUUAUGAGAGCCGGACUUUCAUCUUUAAAAUAAUAGUCCCGCCCGAAGAAAACUUAUUUAAUCGAUAUUGAUAAUUGAUCAAUCGUAUUUUUCACAUUUUGUUAAUGAAUAAUUUAGCAAACGCAUACACACGUAAACGACGCUAUGUUUCAUCGCUCGAGUGUUUUAUUUCGUUUAAGUACAAUCUUUGUAAUCUGACGUCGCUUUUCAAUAACAAUAAAACUUUAUUAAAAAAAAAA